UUGCUUCACUACACUUCUCCUUUUUCUGCUUCAAACAGCAGCCAUUGCAUUGUGUUUUUUUUUUCGCUCCCCUCCUCUUCAGUUUUGUUUUUAGCCGCUGUGAGAAAAAAAGUGUGAGGCUGGUCGGUGGUCCACACCUUCAUACAGCUUUGUCCCCUUCUGAACGCACCUUGGAUUAUCACCCCUUUUUCGCCUUUUGUUGUGUGUUUUUCUCUUGAUUUUCAUUGGUUACUGUGAGCGACACUUGUUCGGUUGCUAUUAUGGACAUUGUCUCCCGAAUCCUGAGUCUUUGAGGUGUAGAUGCUCCAGGCGCAGCGGGACCCAGCCUCCGUGUCAGAGAGGGACGAGGCUGCUCCCACCUGGGCCACAGCACUCCUCUGAAACCCGUGGUCUCUCUCUCGGAGCGCCAACCGCUCAGAUUAGAGAACAGGAGGACGAGAGGGAAGACAUUUUGUGAGGUGAAGUUGAGUUUCGGGGUGACAGGAGUGGUCGUAGCCAGGAUUACUCGGGCUGCUCCCUGCCCCAUCUGAACUGAACAUGACGACCGCAGUACAGCCCAGUGAACUGGUGUUUGAAUUUGCCAGCAACGGGAUGGACGAAAUCAACCAGGUUUGCAGUUAUCUCAUCCCCACAACCGUGUCUGAAUCCUGUGGAGCAGGAUUGAUUCUGGACGACCCGUCAGUGUUCCCAGCUGUGAUCGUUGAGCAGGUGCCUGCCGCCGAUCUGCUGCAGGUCUACUCGGGCCUGGAGUCCGACGAGGUGACCAAUGGCAUCAUGGUGGACACCACGCUCCAUGUGGUGGAGGAGCCUUCCAUCUUGGUUGGAGGGGUCGACCUCUCGGAAACAUCAGUCUCUGGCCCAGAGGACAGCAUGGAGACGAACGAAGCGGCAGCAGCUCUUCUUAACAUGGAGUCUCCAAACAACAUUUUGGACGAGAAGCGUAUGAUUCACACCUACGGCACUCUGCUGGAGUCAGACUUGACAUACGCCCCUCUGAGGCCUGACCAGAUGGAUAAUGGUGCCCUUGACAUGUCCCUAGACGAGGACACUUCAUCAAUGGAUGAGAUACCCCAAAAGUGUCCCUUAAAACCACAGAAAAAAAACAAAGUGCGGAAGCCGCGGGCGGUGCGUCCCUGCUCUCCUAUCACCACCCCUAACCUGCCACUCAGGAAGAAGAGCAAAGAGGGCAAAGGCAACACAAUCUACCUUUGGGAAUUCCUUCUGGCUCUACUGCAGGAUAAGAACACUUGUCCCAAAUACAUCAAGUGGACACAGCGGGAGAAAGGCAUCUUUAAGCUAGUGGACUCGAAGGCUGUUUCGAAGCUGUGGGGCAAACACAAGAACAAGCCGGACAUGAACUAUGAGACCAUGGGAAGAGCUCUCAGGUACUACUAUCAAAGAGGCAUCCUGGCCAAAGUGGAGGGGCAGCGGCUGGUCUAUCAGUUUAAGGAGAUGCCAACAGAUCUGGUGGUGAUCGAGGACGAAGACGCGGGUUCUGAUGCCAACGUCGGCUACGGGAAUCACAGAUCUACCAACGGGCGGUCCAUGGUCCGCGGAGGGACCAAAGGGCACGGGAGGGCUCAUGGUCAUCACCAAGUCUCAGUGAAGAACAUGAAAAAGGAGCCUAAUGAUGAAUAUCUGUACCAGGAAACUAAUGGACAGGCUGAGCAGCUCCUUCACUCUAUCCACAUGUUGCAGGCCAACCAUGGGUCUGCAGACCAGGAUCAAUCUAUGAGGUCCAUGACUGCUCCCACAUCAGUUCCUAUGGUCCUGACUUCUCCCGGCUCUCUCCAUUCGGUUCCUCUCACCGCUGUUCUGGCCAACGGGGACUCCUGCCACUCCUCCCCCCCUCGGGUUAUCCUCCACACCAUGCCCUCCAGCACUGCAGGUGGUAAAGAUGUGCUCACCAUCCAGACGGCCUCUCUAACAGGUGGAGCCAACAACCUGCAUGAUGGCCUCCCUCAGCACCUCCUGGUCAGUCUGGGCUCCUCCACCUCUUCCUGUUGCACUUCCCCUGCAGGAGUCAUUAGUUCCACCGCUGCCAACCUCAGCGGUCUCCCUCGCCUGGUCACCAUCAACACAACCAGUGGGCAGACCAUGGUGGCACAACAGCCCGGCACCGUAAUCGCCACGGUGCUCAAAUCCAGCGACCUGGCGGGUCUGCAGGUCAAAGAGGAGAUGCUGGACCCCAGCUACUUCCAGUCGAUGGUAAAUGGUGACCCGUCACUGGCAGCAAAUACGUUUGAGAAAGAAGAGAUUGAGAUAGGGGAAGCCGAGCUGCAGUAUAGGACUGUCAUCAUCGAUACCAGUCAAAGCCAUGGAUAUGAGGCAGCGAGUGAAACUAUAAUUAAUGGACAUUUCUCCCAGAGUAGCAGCCCCAGUGAGGGUCUGACCCCUGUGGAGGAGCUGGAAGUGCGUGGGGAGAUGUCCCUGCAGCCUGAGCAGGGAAUCAAAGGCCUGCAGGAGCUGCCACUGUCUGUCCAAUUGCCUGCAAACUUUAUCCAGAUAAAGACAGAGCCUGCAGAGGCCUAGGGCUGCAGGACACAAGUUGAACCAAAAAAACAACAACAAUUGAAUCCAUUUUGACCACAGACUUAAUGUUUUCUUUCUGUACCACAGUGAUCUGAUCAAAGAUCACAGCGAGGGAUCUCACAGCAUGUUGCUCUUAAAGGUUGGUCAGUUCAGCCUCAGGAUUUAUUGUUUACUCACAUAUUUUGUGACCAUGUGCCUAAUUUUAAAAAUCAAGGGAGUAGUGUUUAGUUUUUCUAAGAAGUCAGUUUUCAGAUUUGGGAUUAUUUUCCAUAGACAUUAACCCCAACACAUACAUUUACAUAUAAACAAAGAUGAACGCACACACACCCUUAACGACCUUCCCCUCUAGGAGAACAGCCAUUGGAUAGACCAGGGAUCCCUGUCCACCAAAUGUGCCAGUUAGUAAUUUUCUUACCUUACAUCUCAUCGGACUUGUAUGUUUAAAGAGGAGAACGCAACAAACCAAAACUGUGGACAGAAUGCCAAAUGGUGCAAUUAAAUCAGACUUCUGAGAACGUGCAAAGGACGUGUGUGUUUUUUUUAAAUAAACCACAUACAAGUUUGGGUGCUGUGUCACGGUGUCCAAUCCUGUGAGGCAAAAAAAACAAAAACACAUCUCAGAGUUUAAUUGAAGAGUGCCUUACAGGAAGUUCAAACAGCUCAAGACUCUUUCGUGGAAACGUCUGGGGAAAAAGAUGAAAAACGGACUUAAUGGCUUUUUCAGACUUGUAAGAAUUUAUUUCUCAUUUAUUUUCAUAUAAACAAAAACGGUAUGCAUUCACCCUCUAUUACUCUUGGCCUUAAAACACUGUGCUACUGUGGAGAUGGGCAUUUUUCUGUCCACCAAGGACAGUUCAACAUCAAAACUGUUUGUAUAGAGCUGCAGACUGGUGGCACAGCAAGAUAGUGAGGCACAAAAGGAGAGAAAGAAUACGCAAGAUAAAAAAUGAUUUUAUCAGCCUCAACUUCAGGGGCUCCAAGAUUUAAAUCCUGUUUAUAUAAAAUGGAAUAUAUAUGGAUCUAUAUAUAUAAAUAUAUACAUACAUAUAAUAUACAAUUGAGAUUCAAUUUUAAGGCCAUAGUGAAUUUAUUUAUUUUGUGAAUUUCUAAAUUCUGUAUAAAAAAAGGCACAUUUGUCUAUUUACAUGUGUAAACAUGAGGGAAAAUAUAAAGAAUAUGAACGUUAAUACCAGGAAGCUUAUUUGGUAUUUUUUUAAGACCAACAUUUUUCAUUUGUAUAGCUUUCCAUAUAAUCAGCUUUGGUAUUUUCCUUGAGUUUUGGACUCGAGUGCUCAGUGCAGCAUCAUUAUUCCCCUGUUAUAUUCUCUUAUUGUAGAUAUCCUCCGUUGUGUGUCUGAUUUAAAACAUGUACUGAAUGUUCUUUGGUUCCUCCUUUUCAGCAGACAUACCUCUUUACCUUUGUCAACAGUUAAGCAGUAGGGAUUCCAAAAGAUUAUGUUAUCUGUGCAUAAAGUAUCAAAUGUAUCAAUCAGUAUGUCUUUGAAAUCAUAGUUUCUUUAAUGAUUUGGUACAAAGACGUACCAGUGCUGUUUAAAAAGCUCCUGUCCUCUCCUUUCUUCUCUUCCUCCUCCCUCUCCUCUUCCUCUUCCUCUUCUUCUCCUGCUCUCGGGUUAGUCCAGUCUGUGCCUUCUUUAUUUGCUGUCCCACUUUGUAAAGGACCUCUCAGGCCAGCCAUCCGAUUGGCCCCCUGGUCCUGCCGGGGAUGAAGUCAUAUUGAUCCUGAGUGGUAUCGCAGCUAAAUUGGUUGUGUUUUCCACCCGGACUGUAGCUGCAGAGUGAGGACAUUUAGACAUACUGACCUCCAUCUGCACUGGCACCUAAGGACAGGAGUUAAACGCUGCUUUACAACCCCACAUCAGCCAAAGGGCUCUGGGUCUGCAAAGACACUCUGAAUGUAUACUUAUUGUUUAAGUACAUGCAAAUUCUUGACAAUCAAUCAUUACACUGGGUUACAUUUGCAUAGAAAUCUGUCUUUGAGUGGGGAUUUGCUGCUUCUUUUAUUUUUUAUCUUUUUGGCGUUGUGUAUUCAUAUUUCCGUAUCUGCCCUGCCUUUUUCCCAAAUGCACUGUUGUCUGUGAGAUGUUGAGGUAUGUCCACUGCUUAUGUUUUGUUGCUUCUAUUGUCUUGGGGUUGUCAGUUGCCUCAGUCGUGCUGAAUAUAGAGUAGAUUUUUAAGAAAAAAGUCAAUGUACUAAUUAAAAUCUUCAUCACUGAAUAUCCUCUUUAUUUGUUGUUUUUGUUGUUUGGUUGGCAAAGUGAUUCUAAAAUCAUGCGAGAAAGAUUUCACACGAGAAGUCACAUUUUUGAGAAAUU